UCCGUACACGUGAUGUCCAUCAUGGCAGCCCCCGAGUAUGCACCCACACUGUUGUAAACUAAAGACAGCACAAGCUGUUUCCUUGUGGUUGUUUUAGAUAUGCGGUAUUUAUUACGGCUGGGGCCGUCUUUUACCAACUUAAAUGUCCGCUGGUGUCACCAAAGUGUGUACAACAGCAAUGGUACUAUCCGCAAAGUUGCAGUGGAUUUAGGACACAAGUGAAAAACUGGAGAUCUCCACUGGGCGUUUUGCGAGGUUCGCUGAUGGAGCUGCUGUGGUCCAGCUGGGAGACACCUCUGUGAUGGUGACUGCAGUCAGCAAGACCAAACCCUCGCCAUCUCAGUUCAUGCCUCUUGUUGUGGACUACAGGCAGAAGGCCGCUGCAGCAGGUCGCAUCCCCACCAACCACCUGAGACGAGAGCUAGGCACCACGGACAACGAGAUCCUCACCAGUAGACUCAUAGAUCGGGCUAUCAGACCUCUGUUUCCUGCUGGUUAUUUCUACGACACCCAGGUUCUGUGUAACCUGCUAGCUGUGGAUGGUGUUAAUGAUCCAGAUGUAUUGGCAAUCAAUGGAGCCUCUGCAGCUCUGGCCAUGUCAGACAUCCCCUGGAACGGACCCAUCGGUGCGGUGCGGGUGGGUUUGGUGGAAGGAGAGUUCCUAAUCAACCCUACUAGGAAGGAGAUGGGCUCCAGCUCUCUCAAUCUCAUACUGGCCGGAGCUCCCAGCAGUCAAGUUGUGAUGAUUGAGGCAUCGGCGGAGAACGUGCUGCAACAGGAUUUCUGCCACGCGGUGAAGGUUGGCGUGAAACACACCCAGCAGAUCAUACACGCCAUCCAGCAGCUGUGUCGAGAGAAGAAGGUCACGAAGCGCACCCCCGUCAAGAUGUUCUCUGCCCCAGGAGACAUGGUGGAGCACGCCCGACAGUUAUCCGCAGAUAGAAUCUACUCCGUUUUCAAAGACUCUUCCCAUGAUAAGAUUUCUAGAGACGAUGCAAUCAACAAAGUACGACUCGAAACAGAGGAAGCACUGAAAGUGAAAUACCCUCAAGCAGAGCUCUUUGAGGUCAUGGAGUGCUUCAACACUGUGAGCAAAGACAUCUUCCGCAAUCUGGUGCUUCACGAAUAUAAGAGGUGUGAUGGCCGAGACCUGACAGCACUGAGGAACAUCUCCUGUGAGGUGGACGUAUUGAAACCACUCCACGGCUCUGCCUUGUUCCAGAGAGGACAAACACAGGUACUCUGUGGCGUAACGUUUGAUUCCCUGGAAUCCACUGUAAAAGCUGACCUCAUCACGACAGCUCUAAGUGGUAUAAAAGACAAGAACUUUAUGCUCCAUUAUGAAUUCCCGCCAUACGCUACCAAUGAGAUAGGCAAGAUGGGGGGUAUAAAUCGGAGAGAGCUUGGUCAUGGGGCCCUUGCGGAGAAGUCUCUGAGACCAGUCAUUCCCAAAGACUUUCCUUUUACCAUCAGAGUCACUGCUGAGGUGCUGGAGUCCAACGGUUCCUCUUCUAUGGCCUCGGCUUGUGGAGGAAGUCUUGCUCUUAUGGAUGCAGGUGUGCCUAUCUCCUCUGCUGUGGCCGGCGUAGCCAUUGGUCUCAUCUCCAAGCCCAGCCCAGAGAAGCCAAAUGAGAUACAGGAUUACAGAUUACUCACUGACAUUCUGGGAAUAGAGGACUACCUGGGGGACAUGGACUUCAAAAUGGCUGGAACAAUCAAGGGUAUCACUGCCUUACAGGCUGAUGUAAAAAUACCAGGCUUGCCCCUGAAACUGGUCAUGGAGGCUAUCCAGCAAGCUACAGUGGCUAAGAAGGAGAUCCUUGCCAUCAUGAACAAGAGUAUAGGGAAACCCAGGAACACCAGGAAGGAGAACGGCCCCGUUAUUGAGAAUGUGCGGGUGCCUGUUUCCAGAAGGUCUCGGUUUGUUGGUCCCGGAGGAUACAACCUCCGCAGGCUCCAGGCUCAAACAGGUGUGACAAUAAGCCAAGUGGACGAGGAGACCUUCUCUGUGUUUGCUCCAACGCCGGGGGCCAUGAACGAAGCACAGGACUUCAUUACUGAUGUUUGCAAAGAUGAUCAAGAACAGCAGUUAGAGUUUGGUGCUGUCUACACUGCCUCCAUCAUUGAAAUAAGGGAUAUCGGAGUCAUGGUGAAACUGUACCCCAAUAUGAGCGCUGUUCUCCUCCACAACUCGCAGCUGGAUCACAAAAGGAUCAAACAUCCUUCAGCGCUAGGUUUAGAAGUUGGACAACAGAUACAGGUCAAGUAUUUUGGACGAGAUCCGACUGACGGCAGAAUGAGGCUUUCGCGAAAGGUUCUUCAAUCCCCCGCGGCAAGCCUGGUGAAGAAACUCAGCGAGAAACAGAGCAUCAGCAUGGCAACGGGAGAGGGACAGGCCCCCGGGACCCCUUCUUGAUGGGCCCAAUGGGACAUUGUGUACUGUCCAUAGUCUAUGACCGUUGUCCUCACAUCAGGCGUAAACGGAUAGGACAGAAGUGUAAAUAGAGCAACAAACUGAGGAGAGUUUGUCUCCAGGCCUGUGAUGUUAUGUUUUAGAAUAAGGUUUGUUUUGUCUUUACAUCAUGCUUUGGAAUUAAAGUAUUAACUUUUUUUGUA